UUCUAAUUACACUUUCUUUCUUUGUUGUAAACAUCAUGGGCAAUCAAGCAAGCAAAGUCAUUGAAAAAACAAAGGAAAAGAAGGAGAAGAGAAAAGUUCGAAGACGUUCAACCAUCUCAGUGAGCACCCAAUCGCAGGCAUCUCUCCACUUCACGCCAGCCAGUCCAACGCGCGCAAAUUACGAUUGGCUUGAGACAUCUGCACCUCCUUCCAUGUCUUCAUCGGUGUCGACGUCCAAUGCACCCACCGUUUCCAGCACAGGUUCCCAGCAACGUCGACGGUCUGUCAGCGACUUUUUUGCAAAGAGAAAACAAAGCUUGAAAACCACCAUUUCGCAGGACGAAUAUAAAGAAAAUGAUAGAUUGCAGCGUUUGCAUUAUUUGCUCAAGAGUGCUCGCAAAGGAAAUUUUUCGGCUCCCAUUCAAGUCGAAGGUGACUUUACAAUCUUAGACCUAGGCUGUGGAGGUGGAAUAUGGAGUUUGGAAAUGGCGGCUCAGUACCCUUCUGCACGCGUGCUUGCCGUUGAUAUGAAAGCACCGCAAACACUUCACUACUCUCCCAAGAAUUUGGAGUGCAGAGUCAUGGACAUUACUGAACCAUGGCAGGGCAUUCCAGACAACUCCAUUGAUUAUAUCUUCCAAAGAAAUAUGGGUCAACUCAUCAAUACCGACAAGUGGGAGUGUAUAUUUAGCGAAAUGUAUCGUACCUUGAAACCAGGAGGAUUUAUCGAACUUUUUGAACCAGACCUGUAUCACCAUAAUCCUGGUCCUGUUCAACAAGCAUUUGAUAGUUUCCUUAAGACGCAAUGUGAUGAUGGCGGGGUUGACUUCGCUUUGGCUGAAGCUAUGCCAGAAAGAAUUGAAAAGGCCGGAUUUACCGAACUUACUACGCGUCUGCUCGACUUGCCAGUGGGAGAGUGGCCUUCUGACCCUGAACUCAAGCAAUUUGGAUUCAUUAAUAAGGAGGUUCAGCGCGCUCUACUCAAGAACAUGAAAGCAUUCUAUAUUUCACACUGGGGUAUCUCUGGUGAGGAUUAUGACUUGGCAUCCCAGGAAGUCAUGGAGGAGUUUGAAGAAUAUCAUGGGUUUUCUCGUUUCACCUGUUGGAUCGCAACUAAACCUACAACCGCAUAGAACCAAUAUUUCUCAUAAUUACGCCGCCCCCCAAUUUUUUUUUUUUUUUUUAUAUAUUAUUACACCUUGACCUGUAACUUAGCUCUCAUAACAUAGAAUAUCCAUAGAUUGAACGUAGAUACCCAUUAGAUACACAUUACUAGUCUUCCAACUUUAAACCUACUGCAAAAACCCCCUAUCCGUUCCUUUAAGUUACUAAGAUCCAAUUAACACACAUUAAAAUUUUGUUAUACCUAUGCUCAACUAAACCAGGAGUUUUUCUAGAACUUGUGGGGGGAUUUAUUGUUGAAGGUCAAAAAGACCAUGAGGAUGACUUAGUAAUGCUUAGAAAAGUUACCAUAGAGAUGAGAAGGGAAGGGGA